UCAUCGGAUGAAGAAGCUCCCUUGAAGAAAUUCACGUUGCUGUCUCUUUCAUGCCUCCUUCGCCUUUUGCAGUUGAAAGCGUUCGGUCGGUACUCCUGUCUUUCGCCUGUAAAAACUUCACCGGAAUCAUCACCCCCGCGCGACACAAAACCGACACAGAGAGAGAGAGAGAGAGAGAGAGAACCGUCACGCGCCCACGCGCCAGCGGACCUCCACUUCCAACAUCCACCGCACGACUCCCCGUAAUUCCGCCAUCGGCAACCGCCACCCCCUCACUUUCCCUUCUUCUUCUCCUCCUCCUCCUUAUUUUAAUGGUAAUUUUAUUUUAUUUUUAUGAAAAAAAAAAAAAAAGAAUUUAUUUUCGGGUUCUGAUUUGUGGGUUUGUGUCAGUAAGAGAGAGAGAGAGAGAAAAAACACUCGCACAUGUUGAUGUCCAUGUCCAUGUCGAUGUCCGGUUCCGCCCUUCAAAUCCCCCUCCCCCAGCCCAAUGGCACCACCUCCCCAUCCUCCCCCACGCCACCACCGCCGCCACUUGCUGACGUCAUCGCCGUCGCCUCAUUCGUCAUCUUCUUCUUCUUCUUCGUCGUCGUCGUCGUCGUCGUCGGCGUCGUCCUCGCCGCGUCGUUCUCCGGAUCCCUCGCACUGACGAUGCCCGCGCUCCAUCGGGGCGAAUCCGCGCUGUGAUCCUUCUCGCUCCCCCGCCCGCACCGCCAUUGAUGUCUCGAGCGCCGAACCGCGAGUUCCAGGAAUGGUGGAACAAGCAGCGCGAGCGCAGCCUCGACCUCUCCUCCCCCUCCUCCGCCGACGGCCCCUCCACCAGCGGCGGCGGCGGCGGCGGCGGCGGCGGCCCGCUCCUCGCCGUCGAGAUCCGGACCCCGCGGUCCGAUCAGGCCGUCGAGAAGUCCCGCGCACGCAGCGCCCGCCAGCUCUCCUGGGUCUGCCUCCUCCGGUUCCAGCAGAUCGCCUCCCUCCUCGCCUCCGCCGCGGGGUCAUUCCUCUCCGUCCUCCGCACCGCCAACCGGAGGAUCGCCGCCUCCCCCGCGGACUCCUCCUCGUCGCGGCUGUACCGGAUCAUCAGGUUCUUCCUGAUCCUCGUCCUGGUGUUGCUAGGGUUCGAGCUGCUGGCGUAUUCCAAGGGGUGGCAUUUCAGCCCCCCCUCCGUCGGGUCCAAGGAGGUGCUGGGAUUCGUGGAGCUGGUGUACGCGAAUUGGCUCGAGAUUAGGGCUACGUACCUGGCGCCGCCGCUGCAGAGCUUGACCAACGUGUGCAUUGUGCUGUUCCUGAUACAGUCCGUGGAUCGAGUGGUGUUGGUGUUGGGCUGCAUUUGGAUCAAGAUCAAGGGGAUAAAGCCGGUGGCGUCGGCUGAUUAUGAGAAGAAGGAAGAUUUGGAGAGCGAAAGUGGGGAUGAGGCGUAUCCCAUGGUGUUGGUGCAGAUUCCGAUGUGCAACGAGAGGGAGGUUUAUCAACAGUCUAUUGCAGCAGUAUGCAUUCAAGACUGGCCGAGGGAAAGAAUGCUUGUGCAGGUUCUUGAUGAUUCUGAUGAUUUAGAUGUUCAACUUCUGAUCAAAUCGGAAGUUCAGAAGUGGCAACAGAGAGGUAUACGGAUAGUCUACCGCCACCGUCUUAUACGCACAGGAUACAAGGCAGGAAAUCUCAAAUCAGCAAUGAGCUGUGAUUAUGUGAAGGAUUAUGAAUUUGUGGCAAUCUUUGACGCUGAUUUCCAGCCAGGACCAGAUUUCUUGAAAAAGACCAUUCCUUAUUUUAAGGGAAACGAUGAUCUAGCAUUGGUCCAGACGAGAUGGGCAUUUGUGAACAAAGAUGAGAACUUGCUUACGAGAUUACAGAACAUAAAUUUAUCAUUUCACUUUGAAGUUGAACAACAAGUUAAUGGAGUGUUCAUCAACUUCUUUGGCUUUAAUGGGACUGCUGGUGUAUGGAGAAUUAAAGCACUUGAGGAAUGUGGUGGCUGGCUUGAACGCACAACUGUUGAAGACAUGGACAUAGCUGUUCGUGCUCACCUUUGUGGAUGGAAAUUCAUUUAUUUGAAUGAUGUUAAGUGUCUUUGUGAACUUCCAGAAUCUUAUGAGGCAUACAAAAAGCAGCAGCACCGCUGGCAUUCCGGUCCUAUGCAAUUGUUUCGAUUGUGCUUCUUUGAUAUAAUCCGUUCAAAGGUGUCCUUGGCCAAGAAAGCCAACCUUAUAUUUCUGUUCUUCCUCCUACGAAAGCUUAUCUUGCCCUUUUAUUCAUUCACACUUUUCUGCAUCAUUCUCCCAUUGACGAUGUUUCUGCCAGAAGCUCAGCUACCAGCUUGGGUAGUUUGUUAUGUUCCUGGGGUUAUGUCCAUUUUAAACAUCCUUCCGGCUCCUCGGUCUUUUCCAUUUAUAGUUCCUUACCUUCUUUUCGAAAACACCAUGUCAGUGACCAAAUUUAAUGCCAUGAUAUCUGGACUGUUCAAAUUUGGAAGCUCCUAUGAGUGGAUAGUUACAAAAAAAUUGGGAAGAUCAUCAGAGGCCGACCUACUUACCUUUGGUGAAAAAGGAUCUGAUCCUCUGUUGGAGACUUCAAAUCUCCACAGGUCAUCAUCAGAGUCUGGCCUUGCUGAACUGAAUAAGAUGGAGAUGACUAAGAAAGCUGGAAAACUUAGAAGAAAUCGGCUGUACAGGAAGGAGCUUGGUCUUGCAUUUAUUCUAUUGACGGCAGCUGUUAGAAGCUUGUUGUCUGCUCAGGGAAUUCAUUUCUACUUUCUUUUGUUUCAAGGUAUAAGUUUCCUAGUUGUUGGCCUCGAUUUAAUUGGAGAGCAGGUUAGCUGAUUUUUUUUUUUUUCCUUAAAUUGCCAGAGGCUCUGCCUAUUUAUAACUGGUUAGUUCACAUGCCCACUUUUUUAUCCUUUUUUUCCCCUCUGAUAUAGAGCUGUGGCAAUUAGUGCCUGUUUUCACGGCUAAAAGACACAAUUGCAUUGCUUUAUGAUUGGGUCACCUUGUGGACUGGUUAUUUACUCGUGACCAAGGGACUACUAUACCAUUGUUGUUGUCAAUCUGUUACGUUGUGUCAAAUCUCUAUUUCAUUAGGCUUUCCGAGGUCAGAUAAAGACUCGGAAGUUGAGGGGACAGUGAUUUUUGGCUUUGAGUUAAUUGCUCAGCCCAUUUUGUUGUAGAGUCACCAGCCUGCAUAGAUUGAGGCAGGCACUUUCAGAUUAUAGGUUUGGAAUUCUUUCAAUUUGUCAUUGGUAAUCUAUGUACUGGAAAGCUUGUUCUUCUCAAACUUUCCUGGGUUAUCAAUGGAUAGUUAGAUAUACGCUAUUUUGGCUGUGAAAGAUUUCAUGUAUGCUUUCUACA